ACUAUUAACACACUCCGCAUUUUCUACCCGGACCUUAAAACAAGAUGCACACGUAAACAUGGCAGCCAAUAUAGAGCAAAUUUUCCAAGAUUUUAUAUUAAACAAAAUCAAAGAAAUUGAAGACCUGAAUGAGGAUAAAGCAGCUGCUGGAGGAGUGGACAGCGGCGAUGGAAUGAUUGCAAGACAGAAUUCCACCUCAGACAGAAGCAGACGUGAAGACCUGGGCUCGCAGAAGAAAAAGCACAAGAAGCACAAAAAACACAAAAGCAAGAAAAAGAAGAAGAACCGGGAGAAGGAACAGAAGGAGAGCAGUUCAGAGUCUGGGGACGAGUCGGACCAUGGAACCAAACAACAGCUCAGAGGAGAAAGACCAACAGAGGAGAAUAAGGAGCAAGGUGAGAGGAAAUCCAGCUUCCACAAGCGUCACUCCACAGGGAAAAGAAAGAAGAAGAAAAGAAAGAGAGAUGAAGAGGGAAGUUCAUCGGCCUCUGACUCUGAGUUUGUUGACAAGCGGGAUAGUAAAUGCGGUCCCAGCACGUUGCCAUGGCGACAAGAGGAUCUACCUGACAUCAUCCCUAAACAGGUACAAAAAAAAUAG